AUGGGAGUGGGAGGUGGUCGCUUAAGCGUGGGGAAGGGGAUUCUACCGGAAGAGGAGGGAUCUCCCGAGAGGGAACAAGGUUCCACGAAAAUGAGGAAAGGGUUCCCUCGAGAAGGAGGAUGGCUUUCGAGAGUAGGGAAAGGGGCUUCACCGAGAGAGGAAGGUUUACCCGAGGUGACGGAGGGCUUACCCGAAAGGGAGGAGGAGAGUUUUCCAGAAAGUGGGAAGGCUCACUCGAGAAGGAAAAGGGUUCCUUCGGGAGAGAGGAGGAUUUAA